AUGGCCCUUGCGCUGCCGUUGGAUGAUCAGUUCAAGUGCUGCAUCUGUCAGGACAUCUUCACCGACCCAACAUCCCUCGCAUGUGGUCACAACUUUUGCAUGGACUGCAUCGAGGGCUUCUGGGAUACAAAGACAGAGCCUGAGUGUCCGCUGUGCAAAGAGACAUUCAGACAACGCCCACAGCUCAGGAUCAACGUGGGAUAUGCUGAAAUCAUUGAACUCUUUAAAAGGUCUCAAAUGGAGUCCCAACCCCAACUUUUGGAGGCUGACGAAGUUCCCUGUGACAUCUGCUGCGGAGACAAAUCACCGUCGGUCAAGUCGUGUCUGACGUGCUUGGAAUCAUAUUGUGAAUUUCACCUCGCACCACACCUGAGGGAAGCAGCCCUGCAGACACACCAGCUGAUGGAUUCGGACAGUUUCAUCGCCAGUCAUCUCUGCAGAAAACACAAGAAGCCGCUGACGAUGUUCUGCAAGAGCGACCAGAAGCCUGUUUGUGUGAAAUGCACAGAGAGGGAACAUAAACGGCACAACUUAGUGCCCAUUGAGGAGGAGAGGAAGAGGGUCAAGACUUCUUUGAGGGACACGAAGACCAGCAUUAAACAGAUGAUUCGUGCCAGAUGGACAAAAAUGGAGCAGAUAAAAACUUCUAUGGAUCUAAACAAAGAAAUCACAGAAAGGGAGAUACAGGGCAGUGCUAAGGUCUGCAGCUUGCUGAUAACCGCCAUCCAGAGACACCAGGCCAGGCUGGCGGAGGAGCUGGAGAAGAAGCAUGAAGAAGCCGAGAGGAGAGCUGAGGAGAUGUUCCAGGAGCUGCAGCAGGAAGUCCACGAGCUGCAGAUGAGGGGCAUCGAGCUGAAGCAUCUAGAGAACACUCAGAGCCCCGUUCAACUCCUGCAGAGUUUCCUGUCUCUAAAUCGACUCCCAUCCACCAGAGAUUGGUCUGACGUCACAGUCUACUCUGAUAACUGCAUGGGAACGGUGACGAGAGCCUUCUCCAAGCUCGUCGACAUCUGCCAGGAUCUUUCGGACAAACUGUCUGCAGAUGAAGCAGACAAGCUGAAUGAAUAUGCAGUCGGUGUCACUCUGGACCCUGAGACUGCUUCAGGCUGGCUCGUCCUGUCUCCAGACAGAAAGAAGGUGACUGUCAGCAGCCAGAGGAAUAGUCUACUCCCAGACAAUCCUCGGCGUUUCAACUCCUGCGUCUGUGUUUUGGGCAAACAAACCUUUGCAUCUGGAAGACGCUACUGGGUUGUUCAGGUUGGAAACAAAACAGACUGGGAUCUUGGCGUGACCAGGAGUCCUCAACAGGAAGGGGUCAUCUCGGUGCGUCCUGAACACGGUUACUGGGCGAUCUGUCGGCGGAAAGGCGACAGUCUCACCGCCUGCGCCGGCCCCUCGGUCGCCCUCCGCCUCCAGAAAACCCCCCAGAAAGUGGGCGUGUUCCUGGACUACGAGGAAGGAUCGGUGUCCUUCUACGACGCGGAGGCAAAGACCCACAUUUACACGUACAGCGGGUGUGACUUCAAUGAGCCCCUUAACCCGUACUUCAACCCCUGUGUUCAAGAUGAAGGGAAGAACACCGCCCCGUUGAUCAUCUGUCCUCUUGAGGAACGAGUCAGAGAAGGACAGGACAUUACCAUUGAGUCAGUUAUGUCAUGAGUCAUAAGAAAGGAUGAGGCUUACUGAUGUCAAACAUUUUGUUUAUACACUGUAUAUAAUUCUAUAUUUAUUUUACUUGACUAAUAUUUUACCAACUCUGGACUGCAACAAGCUAAAUGUCACACCUUGCCUUUGCACACACUUUUACUGCCUAAAAGAUGGCAGCAAUGUUUACAUUAUUCCUG